AUUAACAAAAACAAAAGAAAGAAAAAAAAAAUCAUUUUUAUGUUUUUUUUAUUUUUUUCUUUAAUACUAAAGACAAUUUAGUAAUGUCAAAACCCAUUGUUCUCAUUACAGGCUGCUCUCAAGGUGGCAUUGGUUAUGCACUUGCCAAAAAGUUUGCUCAAGAAGGAAAUCAUGUUAUUGCUACAGCUCGACGUAUUGAAGCUAUGGAAGGAUUAGAAGCCUUUGGAUGUGAUAAAGAAGUUUUAGAUGUGCUUGAUAAAGACUCGAUUGAAACUACCAUUCAGAAAAUCAUUGAUAAUUUUGGACAUAUUGAUAUUUUGGUUAAUAAUGCAGGCGCACCAGCGGUAGGAGCCUUAAUGGAUAUUGAUUUGGAGACUGCACACAGAUGCAUUAAUACAAAUGUAUUUGGUGUAUUGUUGGUAACAAGAUCUGUUGCAAAACAUAUGGCAAAGAAAGGAAAGGGUAAAAUUGUAAAUAUUGGAUCUGUUGUAGGCUAUGUUUCUACACCUUGGGCAGGGACCUAUGCUCUGUCCAAAGCUGCUGUCCAUUCUAUGUCUGAUACUUUACGAUUGGAAUUAAAGCCAUUUGGUAUUCAAGUGACUGUAGUUGCACCAGGGGCUAUUAUUUCUAAUAUUGGAGAUGCUGGAAAAAGAUCUGUAACUGUUCCUGAAGAUUCACUUUAUAGUUCUGUAGCCAACUAUAUCAUAGCUCGUGCCACCUUAUCUCAGGGACCAAACUCUACGCCUACUGAUGUAUUUGCUUCACAUGUUGUUAAGAAAAUUCUUCGACCUAUAUCCCCUAGUUACAUUACAUUUGGAGCCACAUCAUGGCUAUUUCUUCUCUUUUAUUAUCUUCCUUUUUUCAUUAAGGAUUUCUUGUUCUAUAAACGUUUUGGUGUAGAUCAAAUCAAGAAGAAGCAUGAAUAAUAUAUCCAUUUAUCAAAUGGGAAAUAAACAAAUGAGACUCUAUUCUAUAAAUAUAAUGUAAUAGGACUUUACAUUUGUAUAUAAAGAAGUAUCAACCUACAUUCAUUUAAUAAUAUACAUCUAUUUAUUUAUUUAUUUAUUUGUACCUGAAAAAAAAAAAGAUGAAAGCAAUCUGACGCAACAUUCUGAAAUGACAACAGUCUUUUACUGUGGUACUCGAUAUUUAUCUCAAAGGGAAAUUCCUGUUUAUUAUAAAGCACUGACGAUAUGUAAGUGAAUAAAAUAGAAUUGUCUUGUUGUAAAGUUAUACAAAAGUGCUUCAACAUGAUUGCUACAAAAACAUUACACAAAAUGUAACCCAUGCAGCCUUUUCAUUUUAUGACGAGAAAAAAAAA